AGUCUCUCAACUCAAGCUCAACACACUCUGUCUCUCUUCUUUUCACAAGACCCCCACGCACACACGCACGCACGCUCUCUCUCUCUCUGUCUCUCUUCUUUUCACAAGACCACCACGCACGCACGCACGCUCUCUCUCUCUCUCUCUCUCUCUCUCUCUCUCUCUAGGAUUCACAUAGUCUAGAACUGGCUAACACUCCACCGCCAGCUCUGGAGGAGCGUGACCCCGCGAACCGGACGGUGGUCCGUGCCCUGUACGAGGCCCUUCGACUCCACGACCGUGACGCCGUCCACCGCAUCCUCGCCCCCGACCUCGAGUGGUGGUUCCACGGCCCCCCUUCCCACCAGUUCUUGAUGCGCCUCCUCACCGGCGCCUCCCCCUGUGCCGCCGCCGCCGCCACCACGUCGGACGACGCCUUCCUCUUCGUCCCCGACUCCAUCACCCCCUUCGGCCCCACCGUGCUCGCCGAGGGCUUUGACGCCGUCCGCUCCAUCUUCUGGGUCCACGCGUGGACGGUCUCCGCCGAUGGGAUAGUCACCCAGGUGAGGGAGUACUUCAACACCUCGCUCACCGUCACACACUUCGGCGACUCCCUGCGGUCGGAUCCUUCGACGGCCGAGAUCGCUCCGCUGCACUGCCAGUCCCUGUGGGAGAGCAGCGUGUCGAGCCGGGUCGGGAAGUCCGUGCCGGGUCUGGUUCUCGCCAUAUAACCAAUCUCGCCGGCCGGAUAUCCGGUGCCACCGUUACUACAGUAGUGGAAUAAAGGUUGCACCGCGCAGCAGUUGGCAACUGGCUCCUGCUGAAUGGGCUGAAGUCUUUUACCUAGGACUACGAGGAUGUGAGUCCUAAGGGUCCUGUCGUGUUUGGGUUCCUGUCCUGACUUUUUGUCGUUUCGGUUUGUGUCGUUUAGGGUUUGUGAAACAGUGGAAAGAUGGGUCGACCCAGUUGGAAUCGGUCCCAUCCUGCUGAUGUGCAUGUAAUAAUGUGGGGCUGCUCUUGCUCCUCUGCAAUAAUAAGAGUGUGUUCCUGUG